UGUUAACCUAUCCAUUACCAACGAUACAAGCGCAUCAUCGCAAUAAAUAAUUUCGAGGAGACUGGUGAGAGAGCCCACAUAACAUUUUAUUGGCGGGCGGGGCUUGCUUGCCAAUUCCCGAGGAUUGUAUUUCCUUACUAGUCACACCCCUAUCCGGAAGAGAAACGGCAACGAAUUCGUGAGAAACUUUCUCAGAUCGACAUCAAGAAGCUACCGCAGGAGAUCAUCACUUUUUCAUACUCAUAUUCAGGACACAACAUGUGGCCUAACCAAGGUCCCCCUGGCCAGAACCCGGCCUUCCCCCCAGCCUACAGCCCUGCAUUCCCUUCUGGUCCAAACCCAGCACACCCUCAAGGCCAGAACCCCAUGUACGCACCUGGCACAAACCCUGCUUAUCCCCCCGGUAUGGCCCCUGGUAUGGCCCCUGGUAUGAAUCCAGCCAUGCCUCCAGGAUCCAUGCCUUACGGACAACACCCAGGAGGGCAAUACCCAGGAGGACAACACCCUUAUCCAGCUGGACCAGGUGCACCUGGUUACCCAGGAGUUCACCCAGGGCCCUACCCUGGUGGGGUUCACCCAGGUGGAGUCUACCCCGGGGGCAUGCAUCCCGGCAUGGCUGGGGGUGUGGCGGGAUUCGGGAUGGGAGUCCCUGGACACAAGGCGCACAAAAAAAUGAAGAAGGCGAAGGGGAAGAAGGCGCACAAAGCCGACAAACACCUGAAGCAUCAUGGAGGCCACAGGAAGCACUCUUCAAGCAGCAGCAGCAGCAGCAGCAGCGAUGAGGAGUGAUGUCACCAACAACAUCCAACACAGAGUCAGAAAGACAUCUUGUAUUAAAUGGGGAGAGUGGCCUUUUCUUCUGUCUAAAUUGCAACGAGGUUAAAGGGGGGGACGACGACUAUUAUUAAGAAUGAAAAAUGUGUUUGGAAAAUGAUUUGAAUAUUAAUUGUAUAACACUGUAACAAAAGUAUGUAUAAUGAACACAAUUAUGCCUUUUAGUUUUAACAUUUAGGGAUAUAGGUCUAUGAAUGUGUGCAUAUCGUCAUGACUGUGCACUAUCAUGUAUACAUAUUAUGCCUUUACACUGAUGAGAAGUAAUAUUUCAAAUGGUUGAUUAUAUUUCCAACUAUAAAUAAUAUAUAGGCUAUAGCUGAGUGAGUGAGAGAGAUGUGUGGAAAUUCCCCAGUAAAAAAAAAUAUAUACAAAUAAAUAUUUAUUUUAAUACUGGAA